AUGAAUUCCAUGCACCGCCAAUUCGGCAAGCUCAUGGGCAAGGGAGCGGGAGAGAAGUCUUCCGUCUCUGUGCUGCUCAAUGACUUUGAAGAUGCGGAUAAGAUGCUCACGCAGAUCAUCGAAGCCUCGAAGAGUUGGAGGGACGCCUGGGUUUCGAUCCUCGGCAUCAAUGUAUCAACAAGUAUACUGUUCGAGGAGCUUUACAGUCCCAUUGUUGGCACCGAUGAUGGGGGGGGACGACCAGCAGUGUUGACUCCGAGGCAGCAACUUGACCGAACUUCAAAGUUGAAGGAUGUAUACACAGAAUUGAAGUCAGAUCUUCUCAACGAGGUCAGCUUGAUGGAUUCUCGUGUCAUUCGACCUGCCUCGGACGCGAAGGAGUACAUACAGCCUAUACGAAAGGUGAUCAAGAAGAGAGACAAUAAGAGGCUGGAUUGGGAGCGAUUUGGUGACAAAGUCAACAACUACCAAAGAAAGGUCAAGCGUACGGACCGUGAGAAUGCUGCUCUAGUGAAGGCCGAGGAGGAGUCGGCAACGGCAGCAGAGGAAUUCAGAAUCUUAGACGAGUCUUUGAGAGAGACCCUCCCUCCUAUUAUUGCUGCGGCAUUCUCGAUCCUACCUCACUUGUUGGCCGUUCAGAUCCUGAUUCAGAACGCAAUUCUCGCCCAGUUCUACACAGCCUUGCACAAUUUCUGUGAGGACAACGGUUUUGCCUCUCAGCCACCUCCAGUGGAGGAGGUGAUCGCGGUCUGGGGCAGUGAUUUUAAGCCCAUCCAGCAAGAGAUCGAGAGGAUCGCCAUUAUUGCUCGUGGGAGAGCCAUUCACCAGCCAAUGUCAACGGCCGACGAUACUCGCAAGAGCUCAUCAGUUACCGGCAUGAAUGUCAGGAAUGGUUUCGCGAGCCGUCAGCCGCCUUCGUCACACGCUCGACAUGCUUCUCCCCAUCAAGAACAACGCGCCGUACGAGUCCCGUCUUCGCAGUCCAUCCCAACUGUAGCUCCUCCUGCUCCAGCCCCGGAACCAAAGCCAUCGCCAGAACCAAAACCAGAGCACUCGUUGCCAGACUAUUCAAGACAUCUUACCCCCGUCUCCUCCCACACGGCGCAUUCUCCAGCGGGACCCAGCGGCGACUACUUCCAACGCUCCUCGAGCGCAACUGUCCAAAAGAAGAAACCUCCCCCGCCGCCCCCUAAGAGAAUCGGAGCCCAGAGCUUGGCAAUCUUCGCUGUUGCGCAGUACACUUUCCAAGGGCAAAGCGAAGGCGACCUGAGCUUCAAGGAGGGUGACCAGAUAAAAGUGCUGAAGAAGACUGACAGCACGGAUGAUUGGUGGGAGGGUGAGUUGCGUGGUGUAAAGGGCAGCUUCCCGGCGAACUACUGCAAGCUAGUCUAA